AUAUUUAAAUUUAAUAAAAUUAUUUUUAUAAUUAUACUAAUUAUAAGAAGUUUAAUCUCAAUCUCCGCUUAUUCUUGGUUUUCUAUAUGAUUAGGGUUAGAAAUUAACCUUCUUACAGUUAUUCCCUUAUUUUUAAAAAAAUCUAAUAAAUACCCCUCAGAAUCAAUAAUAAAAUAUUUCUUUAUCCAAGCUUUAGCCUCCACUUUAAUUCUUUACAGAAUCUUAAUAUCUUUUAACUUAAAUUCUACUUUUAUCAGUAAAUUUUCAAUUGUAUUAAACUCAGCACUCCUAAUAAAAAUAGGAGCAGCACCCUUCCAUUUUUGAUUUCCAGAAAUUAUUGAAGGUUUAAACUGAAAUAAUACUCUAAUUAUUUUAACUUGACAAAAAUUAGCCCCAAUAAUUAUAUUAUCCUAUAGGAUGAUAAAUCCUACUUUCAUCUGUUUUUCUAUUAUCUUUUCUUCUAUUAUUAGUGGAAUCCAAGGAUUAAAUCAAAUCAGAUUACGAAAAAUUAUAGCUUAUUCCUCCAUCAAUCAUAAUGGAUGAAUAAUCUCAAAUUUAUUAGUUUCUUCAGAUAUAUGAUUAUUCUAUUUUAUAAUUUAUACAUUUAUUUCAAUAAACCUAAUCUAUGCUUUUAAACUAUUUAAAAUUAAUAUAAUCCAACAACUAAUAAAUAUUCUUAACUAUAAUAAAUUAGUAAAAAUUAGAAUCCUUUUAAAUUUCCUCUCACUAGGUGGUCUUCCGCCUUUUAUUGGAUUCCUUCCUAAAUGAUUAACUAUUUAUUUUAUAACAGAAAAAACUUUCCUUUUUUUAACUAAUAUUCUUAUUAUCUGUACAUUAAUUGUACUCUAUUUUUACUUACGCCUAAUUUUAUCAACUCUAACUUUUAAAAUUAAAGAAAGUUUAAUUUUCUCUUUUAAAAAAAUAAAUAUUAUUUUUCUAUUUAUUAACUCUAUUAACUUUACAGGACUAAUUUUAACCUCAAUUUUUCCAAUCUAA